AUCAAACUCCACAGUCCUGCUACAGUCUUCAGCUGUAUAACGGUCCUCUCUCCUCGUGUUCUCUCUCGACCAGCAGACAGUCAGCCAUCAUGUAUUACAGCCAAAGCAACAUGGGUGCUCCCCACUCCGUCAUGAGGCAGAGCCGCAGCUACACAUCAAGUGCUGCUCCCCACAAGGCCCACAGUGUGUCAGGACUCAGCUUCAGAGGAGGCCCACGCAUCUCCUCUACCAGCGUGCGCACCGUCUCCUCCGGGUAUGGAGGUGGCAUGGGAAGCGGCAUGGGUGGUGGCAUGGGAUUCGGCAGCGGUGGGUUCGACCUGUCCAACGCCGUGGACCAGAGCUCCGUGCACCUGAACGAGAAGGCCACCAUGCAGAACCUGAACGACCGUCUGGCCACCUACCUGGACAAGGUCCGCUCUCUGGAGGCGGCAAACUCCAAGCUGGAGGUGCAGAUCAGAGAGUACUACGAGCAGAAGGGGCCAGCAGCAGAGAGGGACUACAGCAACUACUGGGCCAUUAUCAACGACCUGAAGGACAAGAUUGCCGGCGCCACCAUCGGCAAUGCCAACAUCCUGCUCCAGAUUGACAACUCCAAACUGGCUGCUGAUGACUUCAGAACCAAAUUCGAGCAUGAGCUGAUGAUGCGCCAGUCUGUUGAGGCUGACAUCGCCAACCUGCGCCGUCUGCUGGACCAGACCACCCUGACGAAGGCUGACCUGGAGAUGCAGAUCGAGGGCCUGCAGGAUGAGCUGGCCUACCUCAAGAAGAAUCACGCAGAGGAGCUGGCAGCAAUGCGCUCUCAGCUCACUGGCAAUGUCAACGUGGAGGUGGAUGCCGCGCCACAGGCUGACCUCAACAAAGCCCUGGAGGAGAUCCGCGCCCAGUACGAAUCCAUCACUGACAAACAUCGUCGCGACCAGGAGUGCUGGUUUAAUGAGAAGUCGGCAACCAUAUCCAAGGAGGUGGCCAGCAGCACAGAGUCAAUCCAGACGUCCAAGACAGAGGUCGGUGACCUGCGGCGCACACUGCAGGGCCUGGAGAUUGAGCUGCAGUCUCAGCUCAGCAUGAAAGGGGCUCUGGAGAACACGCUGGGAGAGACAGACGCUCGUUACGGCGCCAUGCUCUCCGCCUUCCAGAACACAAUCAACAUGCUUGAAAACGAACUAGGCAAUGUGCGCUCAAGCAUCGAGCAGCAGGGCCAGGACUACAAGAUGCUGCUGGACAUCAAGAGCAGGCUGGAGCAGGAGAUCGCAACCUACAGGAGCCUGCUGGAAACAGAGGAGUCCAGACCUAUGGCUACAGGUAAAGGAGGCUCGACCACAGUCACAACCACCACUGUGCGCAGUUCCAGCUAGGAGGUCCAACUGGCAGGACAAGCUGUUCUCAGACACACACACAUACGCACACACUAAUAAAAGCUGUUACACGAGAUGAGUGAGACUGUACUGAAAACAAACGGAGUCAAAUUGAAAGUGAAGCCCGUGUUAAAGUUUACAACAAUUGCAAUUUAAGAUAAAUUGUGUGUGUUUGUGUGUGUGACCUGUCUGAAAAAUAAAUCUGCUGGUGAAUACGA